AUGUCGAGCCGACGAUCAAUCAACAUCACUGUGAAUAACCCAGGUCCUGCGUACUCCUCAACCACAUCAUCGAGCGGAUACGACUCAUCCCAGUACCAGUACGGGUACGGCCGCGACGACUCGGUAGUUGAUGACGAGGACGAUGAAGAGGUGACCGACGACGAGUCCACCGAAGACGACCAUUGGGAUGACCACUACGACGAAAUAGACCCUUCGGAUUCUGCCUCGGCGACCGCGGAGUACUAUCCUCACCCUCAUCACGGGCAUUCACCACUGCCUCCUCACUCUCCUCACUCUCGCUCUCACAGUACCCAUAGCGCUCGGAGUCCCCGACUACUAGAACGCAGCGAGUCUGCGUCGCGCCGGAAUCUAGUUUCCUCAGGGAGACAAUCUUACUCUUAUCGCGCCCCGACGGCACCUCCUCCUAUGGAGUCGGAAUACGGGGACGAGUUUGGAGGGUACGGUGGGCGCGGCCAUGGACAUCACUCACAACCCGGCUAUUAUGGCCGUGGCGCGGGUCACAGCGCCUACGCUCCUAGCCAUGCUGGAUAUGUGCCUAGCCACUUCGGAAACCAGAUGGUACCCUAUGACUACAACAACCCAUUCGCUCCCUCUCCCAUGAACGACACCCUUGCCAGAACCAGACGCGGUGGUGGUGGCGGCGAUGACUACUUUGGCGGCCACGAUCCGCGUGGACAUAACCCGCGCGGCCAUCUCUACGACAUGAUGCCCUACGGAGGAGGAGGAGGACCAGGCGCCGCCGCCGGCGCUCUCGGUUACUACGGUGCCGGAGGCGGCUUCGGUACCCCCGGGCCCAGCCACAUGGCCGGGCUCAUGUUCCAACCCCCUCCACCACCACCCACCGAACACCCGGGCAAGUCACCAACCCCGGCGCCCGAGAAGAAGCCCGACCCAGAAAUGGAAGCUCUCAAGAAGCAACUGGAAGAGUUUCAACUUGAGAAGAAGCGCAAAGAAGAAGAGGAAAAGAAUCGCGAGAUUGAGCGCAAGAUUCGCGAAAAAGCCGAGGAGGAGCUGCGCAAGAAGCAGGAAGAGGACCGUAAACGCGCCGAAGAGGAGAAGAAGCGCCAAGAGGAGCAGAACGCUGAGAUGGAGCGGGCUGUCAAGGAGGCGCAGCGGGCGGCGGAGGAGAAGGCCGCUCAGGCUCGCAAGGAAGAGGAAGAGAGGCAGAGGAAACACGCUGAAGCGCUGGCUGAGGCUCAGAGGAAGGCAAGAGCUGAGUUUGAGGCUGAGCUUAAGGCUGCUGAGGAACGGCGCAAACGCGAGGAGGAGGCUGCCAAGAUUGCUGCUGAGCUUGAAAAGCAGAGGAUCGAAGCGGCUGUGAGGGCAAAGGAGGAAGAGCUCAAGAAGAAGCAUGCAGAGGAAGAGCUGCAGCGGAUUGCGGCCGAGAAGAAGGCGGCGGAGGAGGCGGCGGAGAGGAAACGGCUGGAGGAUGAAGCCAAAGCGAGGCUGGACCGGGCGCUUAAGGAGACCGAGGAAAAGAUCGCUGCCGCCAUCCGAGCCGACCGAGAGAAGGCGGCCGAGGAAGCGGCCAAGAAGGCGGCCGAAGAAGCCGAGAAGGCGCGCAAGCAGAAGGAGUUUGAGGAGUGGCAGAAGCACCUGGAGGCCGAGGCCAAGCUCAAGGCCGAGAUCGAAGCCCGCGAGCGGAUGGAAAAAGAAAGAGCGGAAGCCGCCAAGGCCGCAGCCGCCGAGGAGGAGCGCAAGAAGGCGGAGGAGGCACUGCGUAAGCGGCUCCUGGACGAGGCCGAGAACAAGGCCCGGGAAGCUGCCGAGAAGGCCAAGGCCGCCGAAGAAGAGAAAAAGGCUGCCGAAGAGGCGCUCAAGAAGAAGAUCUUGGCCGAGGAGGCGGCCAAGAAGAAGGAGGAGGAGGAGGCUGAACAGAAGAAAGAUAAGGCCCCCAUCAGAUUUAAGGACGCUGUAGGCCGCAAGUUCAGUUUUCCCUUCCGUCUGUGCCAGACGUGGCAGGGCAUGGAAGAACUCAUCAAACAAGCCUUCCUCCACGUCGACGUCAUCGGCCCCCACGUUCAAGAAGGCCACUACGACCUGAUCGGCCCCGACGGCGAGGUUAUCCUCCCCUCCGUCUGGGAGCGCGUCAUCGAGCCGGACUGGCAAAUCACCAUGCAGAUGUGGCCCAUGGACAAAGCGCCCCUCCGCAACCAGAUGCCCCCGGGUGCUCUACCUCCGGGCUUCGGCGCCGGUGCCCCCGGUGGUCACGGAAUGGGCGGUGGUCUCCCCGGCCAAGGUCGUCCCAUGUUCCCCGGCGCCCCACCCGCUUCUCGUAUGCCACCCGGCAUCUCGGACGCACACGGGCACAGGAUGGCGCACGACAUGUUCCCUCCCGGGCAGCCUGUCCGUCCGCCUAUGGGAAUGCCUCCUGGUAUGGGUAUGGGUAUGGGCGGGGGCGGUGGUGGUGGAGGAAGUGGUAUCCCGCCCCCGCCCCCGCCUGGUUGGCCCCCUAGUGGCAGUAGACACGCCGCUGCGCCGCCGUCGAGACCCGCGGCCAUCGUGGUCGAUGUUGAACCCGAAGUCAGGCAGCACAGGUCGAAACAUUCGUCGAGCCACAGCAGGAAGGAGACCAAGGCGACGGUGCUGGGGUGGAUGGCGGGCGGGAAGCCGGUGAAGAGUAGUAGUAGAAGAAGCACUAAGCGAGUCCAUUGGGCGAAUACGCCGGAGUCAUCGACAAUUUAG